GUUCAAGAAAUCGAGACAACUGGUUGGACUGCAGAAAAGCCAUUGAACAAUGUUACUAAACAUUAUUUCAUUAAGAAAGAUCCAUCCAUAAAGUUUUGUAGCAGUGAAGUAUGUGAUAGUUUUAAUAUGGUUUUUAUUGUCAAGUCAUUUGUGGGCAAUUUUGACCAGAGGAUCGCCAUUCGGAACACUUGGGGAGCAAAGAUAAAUCUACGUAUAAAAACGCUGUUCGUUUUAGGAUAUCUAGAAAGGUUACAACCGCUCGUUGAUUUUGAAAAUGAAGCAUAUGGCGAUAUUCUCCAGUUUGGUUUCGCUGACACAUACGAUAAUCUAGUAUAUAAAACGAUUAUUCCAAUCGAUUGGUUAGUGAAACGUAAUAUAAAUACAAAAUAUGUGCAUUUUCUAGAUGAUGAUCGUUUAGUUAAUACCAGACGUUUACAUCAAUUUGCUGUUGAUAGUCUUGGUAAUACAGAAAGUAAAAUCAUUGGCUACAAACUGAGAUUUAGACAACCGUUUCGAACAAAAUCUUCGAAAUGGUUUACGACCUUAGAAGAAUAUCCUUUCGAUUUUUGGCCGCCAUAUGUAAUUGGAGGAACAAUACUCACGAAUAUGAAAGUAGUCAAAAAUCUUGCUUAUGCCAUACCUUUUACAAAAAUUAUCAAAAUGGAAGAUGCUUUCAUAGGAAUACUUGCAAAGCUACUUAAGAUAAACGUUGUGCAUAACAGUGAAUUUAUGCCAUUUUAUACUUCCGGUUCUAAUUUGAAAAAUAAAUUAUCGAGUCCAGACUAUAAAUCCUAUCACUCAAUAAUCGACGGUUGGAAACAACUACAAAACUAAAGUAAAGACACAUGCGAUAUCUCAGUAAUUUAUAUACAUGGUCUUAUUCAUCUAUUGCUAAUACAGUGUAUUAUAAAUACCAAUCACGUUAAAGUUAAUAAAGGAAAUCGUCCAGUUAAUAUUGUAUAUUGUAUACUUUUGACUGGGACUAAUGAAUUAUCAAUUGGUCCCAGCAUUUGCUAGUUAUAUUAUAAUGCAAAAAAAACUAAUUAUUUGCAUUACUAGAUUAAAAUAAUCAGCUUUUAAUGAAUUAAAUCGUAUCAACAAUUUGAAUAAUCGCCUCUGUUUUUAAUAAUUUGCGAAACAAUGUGGAAUUGAAUGAAUGAAUGAACAACAACAUUGCUUUAGCAAAAUAACAAGGUAU